AUGAAAAUUACUACUACGCUCGUAUUAGUCGCCACCGUGGCGACAGUCGCAUUUUGUUCCUGUGAUCGUACAGGAGCCGAACAGUACACCGGUGAUCGAGACGACUCAUGGUGUCCUCUAAGCAAGGAAAGCAGGGAAAUGGUUAUGGAAAAGAUGGGAGAUGCCGGAGGAGGAAUUAAAGACGCCAUCAAGAAUGUCAGUAAUGAGGCUGGAGAGAUGAAGGAUGACGUCUCCUGUGAUGGAGUAGAAAAGGUGAAGGAUCGGAUGAAGCAAGCAGGAAGAGACAUAAGGACACCGCUGGAAGAGCCAAAAAUAAGUUUGCAUUUUUUAAAGGCUGGCGAGUAUUUGGAUGAAAUGACUGACAAUGAUUACGUAGAAACGGCCAAGGAAAAGAUGAAUGAAGCUGGAAGAGGAAUCAGAGACACCGCUGGAAAGGCCGGAGAGAAGGCUGAGGAGAUGAAGGAGGAUAUGGAAAAUGCCGGUUACUGGGAAAUGGCCAAGGAAAAAUUGAGUAACGCAGCAAGCGCCAUCGGAAGUGUCGUGGGUCUGGCAAGCAAUGAGGCCGAAGACCUGAAAGAGGAGGGUAAAGAUAUGGCUGAAGAAAAGUUGGAUAAGGCAGGAAGAAAGAUCAAGAACACGGCCGGCAAUGCUAGAGACAAGGCUGAAGACCUAAAAGAGCAGGGCAAAGAAAAGUUGGAUGAGGCAGGAAGAAAGAUCAAGAACACGGCCGGAAAUGCUAGAGAUAAGGCGGAAGAGAUCAAGGAUGACGUUGCCAACAGCGGAUACACCGAUAUGGCUAAGGAAAAGCUGAUGAAUGCCGGAGGCGCUAUCAAGGACGCUGCAGGAUAUGCCGCAGGAACGGCUGGCAGUACUCUCAGAGACGCCGCAGGAACUGCUGGCAGUACUCUCAGAGACGCCGCAGGAGCCGCCGGCAAUAUG